UCUCUCCCUCUAUAUCUGUUCCCCUUCUCUGCCUCCUCUGUUUUAGGCAGUACAGACACUGCUGCUGCUGUCUUUGCCUCCCCCACUGUUGCUGGGCCGUCCCAUACAGAACCGCAUUCGCUCCGAGCAUCACCCCCCCUCCCCCCGCUUUCUGUUUCUCCCCUCGCGGUAAGACCCCCCCCCACCACCAGCCGCCAACAUGGAGGCCAUCAAGAAGAAGAUGCAGAUGCUGAAGCUGGACAAGGAGAACGCCAUCGACCGCGCCGAGCAAGCCGAGGCCGACAAGAAGGCUGCCGAGGACAAGGGCAGGCAGCUGGAGGAAGAGCUCGCCGGGCUGCAGAAGAAGCUGAAGGGCACUGAGGAUGAACUGGACAAGUACUCUGAGAGCCUGAAAGAUGCCCAGGAGAGACUGGAGCUCUCUGAGAAGGCGGCCACAGACGCGGAGGGAGAUGUGGCGGGUCUGAACCGCCGGAUCCAGCUGGUGGAGGAGGAGCUGGAUCGGGCCCAGGAGAGACUGGCCACCGCCCUGCAGAAACUGGAGGAGGCGGAGAAAGCUGCCGAUGAGAGCGAGAGAGGGAUGAAGGUGAUUGAGAACAGGGCGAUGAAGGAUGAGGAGAAGAUGGAGAUCCAGGAGUUGCAGCUGAAGGAGGCCAAACACAUCGCUGAGGAGGCGGACCGCAAGUACGAGGAGGUGGCGCGUAAGCUGGUGAUCCUGGAGGGAGAGCUGGAGAGGGCUGAGGAGAGAGCAGAGAUCUCAGAACUGAAGUGCAGUGACCUGGAGGAGGAGCUGAAAAACGUCACCAACAACCUCAAGUCCCUAGAAGCCCAGUCAGAGAAGUACUCCGAAAAAGAAGACAAGUAUGAGGAGGAGAUCAAGGUGCUCAGUGACAAGCUGAAAGAGGCUGAGACUCGUGCUGAAUUUGCAGAGAGGUCAGUUGCCAAGCUGGAAAAGACCAUUGAUGACCUGGAAGGUGGGUGGAGCCCGUCUCUUCUGGCCCCGCCCAGCAGAGCCUGUGUUUCAGAGGAGCCAGUGUCUCUGAGGAGCCUGUGUUUAUCAGGAGUCUGUGUCUCUGAGGAGCCUGUGUUUAUCAGGAGUCUGUGUCUCUGAGGAGCCUGUGUUUAUCAGGAGCCUGUGUCUCUGAGCAGCCUGUGUUUAUCAGGAGUCUGUGUCUCUGAGGAGCCUGUGUUUCAGAGGAGCCUGUGUCUCUGAGCAGCCUGUGUUAAUCAGGAGUCUGUGUCUCUGAGGAGCCUGUGUCUCUGAGCAGCCUGUGUUUAUCAGGAGUCUGUAUCUCUGAGGAGCCUGUGUUAAUCAGGAGUCUGUGUCUCUGAGGAGCCUGUGUCUCUGAGCAGCCUGUGUUUAUCAGGAGUCUGUAUCUCUGAGGAGCCUGUGUUAAUCGGUAGCCUGUGUUCCCUGCACUGGUUCUCCUGAGCUGUUGAAUGUAUCCCUGGCCAGCGCACAGGACAGCAGUUCAUCCCAUUUAAAAUCCCAGGAGGGAGUUCCAGAGGAGAUGAAAGUCUUUUUCCUUCCUCUUACUGACCUGUGCUUUUCUUUACUUUUCCCCUCUCUUUUCUGUCCCCUCCUCUCUUUUCUCCUCCACUGCCUCUCUCUCUACCUCUGCACCCUUCCUGUCCCUCUGCCUGCCCCACCUGCUGACCUUUGACCUCCAGAUGAACUGUAUGCUCAGAAGCUGAAAUACAAGGGCAUCAGCGAGGAGCUGGACCACGCCCUCAAUGACAUGACAUCUUUGUAGAUGACCUUUCACCUGUCACCCCUGACCCCUGGUCAGAAGGGCCGCCCCUCUACUGCCAGGCAUCCUGAAAAUUGCUGAACCCCCCCCUCCCCUCCCUCCCCUAAUGUGCCCCCCCAUUCCCUCUACACCCCUGCUCAUGCCCCCUUACAUACCCUUUUGCUGCCUCACAAUCCUGUGGGAAUUUCUCUGAAAACCAAGCUUCAAUAAAGUCCUGUGCAAAAAUCUC